AUGGGACAAUAUGGAAAGUACCGUGUUGCGACUGCGUUCGCCGAAGCACCUCCACUGUACGCCCUGGACGAGUGGUCGCAAUGCCAGCGUCCCAACGACGUCUACUGCAUCGUGCAUGCGGCUCUUAAGUCGUCUGCUCCUAACCCAUUGUUGGACUUGCUUCUGGAGUACUCAGCGGAUACUCAGAAGCACUAUAACCGCACCCUCGUGCACCGCGGCGUCUGUGUGUCGCGGUGUGGCGGGCGCGCACCGGACUCCUGGCGACGCGCAGCGCAGCUCUGCGUCGACCGCGGCCUCGCCAGAUACGAGAUGCAGGCUGAAGUGCUGGCGGUUGAGUGGUGCAACAAACCUGUCCCCAAGAUGAGCACAUCGGCGUUUGCGUUCAACAUCACGUUCCUGAUUGUAUUGCUGUGUACCACCCUGGCGACUGGCCUGCAUGUUUUAGGCAAAUUUUGUGGGAGAUUCCAGGAAAACAAUUAUAUCCACGCAUUUUCUUUAAAAAAAAAUUGGGAGGCUUUAACGCACAUCAGAGCCAAGAAAGCAGAAGAUCGGACGCAACACCUAAGCAGUUUAGAAGGUAUCAGAUUCUUAGGAACCUUAGGCGUUAUUUCAACUCACGUGACUAUUGUCUAUGUAUAUUCCUUCAUCGAUAAUCCGGAGUUCAUUGAAGGUCUGUUUGACCACAUCCCCACUCAAAUGGCAUUCAACUCACCAAUAUGGAUGCAAGUCUUCUUCUCCAUCUCCGGCUUCCUCACCGCCUUCUUCUCGCUGGUGUACGCUGAGACGAGCACGCUUACUUUUGGAAAAUGCGUGCUUUCUCUCAUCAAUCGGUUUAUAAGGCUGACCCCUGUAGCGAUGGCAGGCAUAUGGUUUACGGUAGCGUACCCUCGCCUGGGGGCUGGGCCGCAGUGGCAACUGCUGGUGGAGCGCGAGUCACACGACUGUGCCGAGCGCUGGUGGUACCAUCUACUCUACGUGCACAACCACCUGACGUUAGGGAAGUUCUGCAUGGGCCACACGUGGUAUUUGGCGGUAGACAUGCAAUUGCACGUCCUUGGCUCGAUCCUGUUGCUGAUCUUCCUGCGGUGGAGGGGCACCGUAGCGCCCGUCAUAUUCGUACUGCUCACCGGCUCCAUCCUCUCAACGGGACUGGUGGCGCAUUUCUACAACCUGUCGCCUAUAAUAACCGCGCAGACCCCUGAGAUCGUCAAAAACAUGUUCAAGGGUUCCACUCUGAUGACGAAGCUCUACUUGCCAGUGUGGACGAAUUUAUCCGGGUACCUGUUUGGUUUCGCCACUGCCUUCAUCUUUUAUAACAACCAGGCAAAGGGAGUUAAGCUGAAUGAAAUCAAGUGGUUCAACAUCCUGUUCCACACGACGCUGACGUUGGCUCUGUGUACGACGCUGGGUGGCGUGGCGUUCCUGUCGGACGCGCCGCUGCCACGCUGGGCGGCGGUGUUGUACAGCUCUUUCGACCGCGUGCUGGUCGCGCUCUUCUUCAACAUCUUCUUGCUUGGCUGCUUCAGCAACUGUAAAUCUGUUCUCCGAGACGCGCUGUCCUGGAGAGGCUUCAACGUGCUCGGUCGGCUCUCGUACUCCGUGUUCAUCGUGCACUUCAUCAUCAUGCGGAUGACCGUCGCCAGCAACACCCAGAUUGGUCAUAUCUCCUUCUACUCCAUGAUUUCUCUGCUAAUAGUGAGCUCGGCGCUAUCAUACCUGGUCGCCAUUCCAGUUUACCUCCUCAUAGAGAUGCCGUUCAUACAGCUCUGGAAAGCCGGGCUUGGUGGGAGCAAGACAAACACUGUUCACAAUCAGAACUCCGCACCGACUAAACUAACCGUUGUUAAGGAUAGAAGUAAACGAAAUGGUGCCAAUGAAGUUUGAA